AAAACAUUUUACGAGCCCCAAUCCUUGAUAGGUGUCUCUGUUGCUCUUUAUAAAUAACAUCGACCCAUCGAGACAAAACAACAUGUCAUCUUCAACUUCUUCCUCUGCUUCUGAACUAGUUAAGAGAAUCAAAACACUUGAGAGGUGAUGGAGAAAGUGAGAGAAAUAGUGAGAGAAGGGAGGAGAGUAGGAAAAGAAGACCCAAGAAGAGUAGUUCAUGCUUUCAAAGUGGGACUUGCUCUUGCUUUGGUCUCUUCCUUCUACUAUUACCAACCUCUCUAUGAUAACUUUGGUGUCAAUGCAAUGUGGGCUGUCAUGACCGUUGUUGUCGUCUUUGAAUUCUCAGUAGGUGCCACACUUGGGAAAGGAAUAAACAGGGCAGUGGCAACAUUAGUAGCCGGAGGACUAGGAAUUGGAGCUCAUCACCUAGCAAGUUUGUCCGGUCCAACAAUAGAACCUAUUCUUCUCGCCAUCUUCGUCUUUGUGCAAGCUGCGUUGUCGACGUUCGUGAGGUUCUUCCCGCGGGUGAAGGCCAGAUACGAUUAUGGCAUACUGAUAUUCAUAUUGACGUUCUCACUGAUAUCAGUGUCGGGGUUUAGAGAGGAUGAGAUAUUGGACUUGGCCCAUAAGAGACUAUCGACAGUGAUAAUGGGAGGAGUCAGUUGCGUCCUAAUCUCUAUCUUUGUCUGUCCUGUCUGGGCUGGACAAGACCUUCAUUCUCUUAUUGCCUCCAAUCUUGACACACUCUCCCACUUCCUUCAAGAAUUUAGAGAGGAAUAUUUUGAAGCGACAGAUGAUGGCGAUAUCAAAGAGGUGGAGAAGAGGAGAAAGAAUCUUGAAAGAUAUAAAAGUGUUCUCAACUCAAAAAGCAAUGAGGAAGCUUUGGCUAAUUUCGCAAGAUGGGAACCGCGUCACGGCCAGUUUAGAUUUAGACAUCCAUGGCAACAAUAUCUUGCCGUGGCUGCAUUACUCAGGCAGUGCGCUUACCGGAUUGAUGCCUUGAACUCAUAUCUCAACUCUGAUUUUCAGAUCCCAAUGGACAUAAAGAAGAAGCUAGAAGAACCAUUAAGAAGAAUGAGCUCGGAGGCAGGCAAAUCAUUGAAAGAAAUGUCCAUCUCACUAAAGAAAAUGACAAAAUCAUCUUCUUCUGAUAUCCAUGUCCUAAACUCACAAUCUGCCUGCAAAGAUCUUUCUACUUUACUCAAAUCAGGCAUCUUGAACGAUGUUGAGCCACUACAAUUGAUCUCAUUGACUACCACGGUCUCUCUUCUCAUCGAUAUUGUUAAUUUAACCGAAAAGAUAUCAGAAUCAGUACAUGAGCUCGCAUCAGCUGCAAGGUUUAAGAACAAAAUGAAGCCGACGGCAUCAUUGAAGAAGUCGGAUUCUGUAAGCAUUGGUCGUGCUGCAGUUCCAAUCAAGUCUCACGAUAGUGACGAUCAUGUUGUCACAAUCUUAUGUGAUGCUGAUGUAUCAAACACUGUUGACCAGUCGCGUGGAGAGACUUCAGUGGACUCUUGCCACCAUGUCGCCAUAAAAAUUGACGAUGAUGAUUUAGUCCAUGAAAAACAUGAAGUUGGUGAAAUACAUGCACAUACGAGUUGUGUUUCAUGUGAUCCAAGUGAUGCCAGUGAUGUUUUAGAUAGUAGUAAUAAGAGAAUUAACAGUAGUAAUUAACUAUUUAUUAUAGGAUUUAGGGGUGGCUGGGAUGGGACUAAUGGUGAAUAUUAAAUAAAGUUCUAUUGAACAAAGAUUCAUUUUAGCCUAACUCUACCAUGUAUUUUUCUCUGUUUAUCGGUUUUAUUUUCAAUAAAAUUAAAAUGUGUCA